AUGUGUAAUACCCGAAGAGGCUCCUCCGUUCAAUGUUGUAGACGAAAGUCAAAGUCUGAUGCCAAAUGCAACCAAGCAAGCACUAUCACCUGUUGUUUAUGUGAAUCAUGUUUUUCCAUUGUCAGGUAUUAUGAAGGUGGUACUUCAUCAGUGUACUUAUGGGAGGAUGAUGAAAAGGAAGGCUUCCUGGCUUGCUUCUUGAUAAAAAAAGAUGGAUCAAAGUAUGCACAUGGUGUGCGAGGUUACCUGAACGAGAGAGGUUGGGAUGCUAUACAUCUUAUUGAGGUUGGGCCAGAAGUGGAAGGAAUGGCUUAUUACUGUCUAACAAGCACUGUGAUGCUGUCAAUGACUACAGAUCAUGAGAAUUCUGGGACUUUUAGUUUGUAUGGACCAAUUCGCAGACAGGGCUAA